UAGGUUUAAAUUUGAGUCCCAAUAAAUUUAUCUCAUCAUUGAGUGAUAGUGUAUCUAUGGCCCAAAACAAACUUGCUGAAAAUUCGUUUUUUUGCAAGUAGUUGAAAACUGAUCUCUAAUAAAGUUGAGAUAUGGAUUUUGAUGAGCCAGACUUAGAAGAACUUAUUCAAAAUGACCUCAGAAGCGAAAUGAACAAAAUUUUAAGCCAAUCAGAAGUUGAUGAAAUAGAAGCUGCUGCUUCACAUGGAGUUGUUGAUCAUGAUGCAAGACAUUCACCUCAUGAGAUUUUUCCAUCUUCAAGAAUUAUGCAUCAUGGUUAUCGGAGGGAUUUUCCAAUCAAAGCUGAACCAUGUGAAAGAAAUUUAGAAGAGUCUCAAGCUGUUCAUGGAGAGUUUGAUGUUAUGGAAUCUUCAUUACUUCAAGAGCUCCAAAGUCAACACAGCCCGUUGCCUCGAGGCCAUCACGAAAUCAGUGGCCAUUUCUCUGUGGGAAGCUAUGCAGAUUUCACUGGAGAAUUAGGACAUUAUCCCGCUGAGGUGACAGAACACAGUGAUUUAUCUAGUCUCACUUGGUUAACAACUGUAGAUGUACAGGCUCUUCAGAAACUCACAGAGCAAGGAAGGGUGAUCGCAUCAUCUUCUAUGCCUGGUAUUCAACAACAUUCUUCAGUUCAACAAGGUUUUUCUCAAGCACAAGGUAUUCCAGAGCACAGAUCGGUUAUACAGAUGGUGCCCGCAGCUUCGAAUAUUCGAAUGCCUACAGAAACCUCUAACAUUCAACAUCAAAUACCUCAAACAACAAUAACAUCAGCACCAAUUCCAAGUCCAGAAGCCGCAGUACAGAUGCCAGAAACGUCGUCAUCAAGAUAUGCAGCAAUACAACCACAUAUCAGCCAAGAAGGAAGAAGAUUUUUGGCUCAACAAAGAUAUCAUCUCAAUGCUCAUCCUUCAGGUGGUCCAAUUGGAAGACAUUCUUUUGAAAGUGGUCAUAUAGGACCUAGGAGAUAUGUACCAGGAGCGGUGGUGGGGCAUCACCCAUAUCCCCCUCCUCCUUAUGCCAAUGGUACACCGAGGCCUGGUUUUCUUCACAGUGGUCUGAUGCAUUCUCGAUUUCAUCCACACCAUGGGCAACCACAAAAAGUUUACCCGAAGCCAGUAUAUUCAUAUAGUUGCCUAAUAGCCAUGGCUCUGUACAACAGUAAAACUGGCUGUUUACCUGUUUCUGAUAUCUAUAAUUUCAUGAUGGAGAAUUACCCGUAUUUCAAGACAGCACCAGAUGGUUGGAAAAACUCUGUUCGGCACAAUCUGUCAUUGAAUAAAUGUUUUGAAAAGGUAAAUAAGGUUGAAAAACCAAACGGGACCCAGAGAAAAGGAUGUCUGUGGGCAUUGAAUCCUGCCAAAGUAGCUAAGAUGAAAGAAGAAGUUCAAAAAUGGAAAAGGAAAGAUCCUGAUUCCAUUAGAAGGAGCAUGUCGAAUCCAGAGGAACUCGAUCGUGAGCUUGAAGAAAUGAGAAGAGUGGAUGAGGAACAAGCGAGAAGAAGAAUGCUGAGUUUAACAUCUCAUGGCCUUACUACAUCAUCAAUGCAUAACAUGCAUCAUCUUCCUCCUCACCAUCCCCAUCAUCCGCAAAAUAUUUUGCACAUGCAUCAUCAUCCGAGUGUUCCAUCACACAUAAAUUCAUCUGCGGCAGGACCUUCAUCUGUUCCAACGACAUCACAAAGACAUCCAGGUCAACAUUUUUCAACUGAGUUGGCUCAAGAAAACUUUGCGAGAACUCUAGCAAGAUCAGCUUCUCAACCUUCACCAGCAAUGCGUAAUCCAUUUGAUCUUUCACCUCUGGGUCACUCGUCCCAACAUGCUUCCGGUGCUGCUCCUGUUUCUAUAAAUCUUGGUUCGAACAAUAACAACAAUUCUUUUUCUGGAAAUUCUGCUAUGUCUCCCGAAAUGAUCAUACUCACUUCGAGUGGUGGAAGAUCAACUCUUUUCACCUCUCCUCAAUCUUCCUCUUCUUCAACUACCUCCAGUAAUACAAGUUUGCUGGGAACAUUUACUGAAGUUUCUGCUGUUCUAGGUGUAGAUGAUUUUGAUGCAAGUUUGGCAGAUCUGGCUGGUUUACAUGACUCUUUUUGGGAUGGUACUCUGAAUCCCCAAACAACAGUUGCAAGCGAUGUUAGUGAAGCAUUUUCUGAAAGUGACUCCAAGGUGGCAUUACCUAUAGAAAGAAAUGAAGAGUCAUCACCCAUGACAUCAGAAGGUUGUGUUCCUUUGCCCCCUGUCAUCAGGGUUUUAUCUUCUCAUUCAAGAGAUCAAGCCUCGCCUGAUACUCCAGACUUUAAGUCAAGCACAAGCCAAAGAGUAGAUAAUUUUGGAAGAGACUUGACUUGUUAUGCAAGCAACAAUAUUAAGCCAGUGGUGCUGCUAUAAUCAAUUGGCUGCUCAUGAUGAUAAUUGAAAAAAGAAUGAACUGCUCACACAAAUUUCUGUCAACUUACGGUAUAAAUAGAUUUCUUUGUUUGGAAAUGUUGCUAUUGCUGCCUUCUCAUGUAAAAAAGUUGUUAUGCUAUGCUAAAAAGGAUCGUUAAUUGUGCAUGCUGUUGAAAAAGAAUGAAUCUGAGGCAAGUUUAUUUUAAGAGACCAUAUCUGACAUACCGAUAUGUUUAACUUAGUUAAAAAAUACAUUUUUUUAAUUGAUUACAAAUGCAUUGAUACAACCACCCAAUUCAUGCAUCUGAAACAUUUCGCAGGACAAGAGCCUGUGAAUCUUCACACAAUAAAGCUGUCCUAUUGACAUUAUCCUAUUGUAUACAAAAAGAGUUUUUUAUAUCAAUUUCUGCUACCAAAUUGAAUCGAAUCCUCAAAUUUUAUUCUACACAUAUGCACAACAUGUACAAAUACUAGUACUGAGCACAUAUACCUACUGUGUAGAAUGUGCACUGUGAGAUAAAUCAACCUAUAAUACACACUGUGGAGGAUCAAACCAUAUUCGAAGCUAGUUAUUAUUAUCAAUAUAAUUUUUUCGAAGCUUCAAUUACCUAGAACAUACUUAUAGAUAAUAUACUCAAUAUGGUACUGCUAAUUUCCUCAAAAUUAUCUGCUUUUCCAUCGUCUGAAAUUCCAAAUUUCGAUGAACACUCAAAAAAUGUUAAUUAAUUAAGAAAAAACAUUUAUGAAGAAUAACGUCUAUUUUCUGCAAAUUGGAUAUUCACAGGUUUAUGUGUGUAAAAACCAAAAGUACUUGCAUCUUAGUUUUAUAAUUUAGGACAGCUUAGUUUUUUAUAAUUUUUAAGCCUUAUAAUAAUAAGGUGCUUUCAAUUUAAUUGAUUUCAAAUGAAUCAAACAUUUUAUCUUCAAAAACAAGGGAACACUGUGUUUGUUAGCUUCCUACGCUAUAUAUUAUGCUAGCUACCUAGUUAAAAAAAAUUGUGAUGAAUACAUUUGUUUAUAUAUGAGUUGUAUCUAAGAAAACAUGAAUUGUAGAAAUUCAUUCUGCUUCACAUAUCUGCUGCUUUUGGCUGAUUAUAAAUGUAUAUGUCUGAUAAUCUAUAUAUAAAAUAUGUAACUAAUUUGUAUUUAUUGCUGCAUAUUUGUGACUUUUUAUUGAAUUGUACUAGCAUUAUGCUACUUGCCACUUUGAUUUUAUAGCAACCAAAGGCCAUUUUAAUGACAUUCACAUUUUGUAUGUAUUGUAUAUAAAAUGCUAAUUCUAUUUAACUCUGGUCAGGGAACAUUCUUGAAAGUUAUAAAUUACUAUUUUCUAAAUUGAAAUUGAAAUAUUUCAAAUAUUUUUGUUUUCUGGUUAUUUUCUAUCAAAAUAUCCCCAGAUUAAGAAUUAAUUUCAGAACAAAUUGUAUAAAAUAACAAAAAAAAUAUAUAAAUAAUGUUAUUUAAAUUUUUCUAAAUUAAAUGUCAUGUAUAUAACAUUUUAAUUUGUUUGUUUUUUUACAUUGUUAAAAAGGUUUCAUGAAUCUUAUAUACAGAAAUAAGAGUUUUAUUUUUUGUUUUUCCUUUUUUUAUAUGUUGGCACAUUUCUUCAAAAUUUUCAAAAGUAUAUAACAAAAAGUAUUGGUUUGAAAUUUAGUGUUUGCCAAACCUCAGUGAAAACUGAAUUCAUUGGAGAAUACUUUAAAUUUCUGGCCGAAUAAAUAUAGAGCCAUAUUACCCAAUUGCACCAAUCUUUUACCACCAUUCCUAUUGCGAAAUACAAUUCAAUUUUUCUUAAAUAUAUAGAUAUAUAAGUUAGCUAUAGCUCACUUUUAAUUUACUCGUAAUUUUGCUUGUUUUUCCAAUUUAUGAUGAUACACAAUGUAAUUGACUCUUUUUAAACACAUUGAUGUUUCAGGAUUUUCCACAAAAAGUAUAAAUUUACCUGUUACCAACCUAAUAAUGACUAUAUUUUAUAUGAAAUUUUUUUACAGAUAAAUCAAAACGUUUAAUGAAUAAUAAGUUUUGGAUCCAGAGUAUUCAGGUGUACAGUAUACAAACACGUAUUCGCUUUUAAAAUUCAAGGUAUUUGAAUAUUUGUUUAUAAAUCAUGUGUUAAAAUGCUGUUAAUCAACAUAUCUCCUUAAGAUUAUUACCAGCAUGCUCAUUGUGAUGAUUUGUUAUAGAAGUAUUUUUAUUAUUGUUUCGUUAAUUUUUGCACCGAAUCACUACCAAACCAAUGAUUGAUUUUAUACUAUAUAUAGAAACAUUAUUUAUCUUAAUCUUUCAGUCAAAUGCUUAUUUUAACUGUAUUUAAAGUCUGGCACUUCAGAAGAUUGUAAAUAAUGCUUCAUUCAAGAUCUUCAUUUAAUUAGAUGGUAUCAAAAGCAAAAGUCAAUUUUUUUUUCAUUUUGAUGAAUCAAGUUGCUUCUAAAUCUGCAUGUAAACUGAAACUUAUUGAAAAGGGGGAGAUACAUCUACUUGUGAGGGCUAAUAUGUUAUGUUUGUUGCAAUAUUUUACUGUUAGAGUCCGCAUAUGUGCAAAAAUUUGCACUGAUGUUGUUGUCGUGUUAUUAGUUGCUGCUGUUGUUUACAAGGUUGUUAAAAAUUAUAACCAAUGACUAUGGUAGCACAUUUUGUGGGUCACUUUGUUUCAUUUCCCAUCUUGGCUAUCAUAAUAACUCUCUCUGUGAACAAAAUUAAUGACAAGAAGCAUAUCAAAAUUUUGUUGCAGACUUUCAUGUCAGAAUAUAGAAAUAUGUUCCAUUUAUAUUCAAGUGCAUUUUAUGCUGCUUAGUGCUGCUGAAUUUCAUUAUGUAGAAUGAUGUCAUCCAAUAUUAAUUUUAGAAUAACAAUUAAUUUCAAACGGUUGUGCCGAAACAAGACUUUUAGUCAAUGCAUCUGGAACAAAUAACUGGCUAACCAAUCCCAUACCCGAAAUGGACCGGUAAUCAGACGACAAACCGUGGUUUGACAUAUGAUUUAGUCAUCUUAUAUAUUUCCUCUCCUCUGCGAUAAAUAUGUAAGUCCUAUCUUAUGGUGCUAAGGUCUAUGAUAUGCUUAAUGUCCAAUCCUAACAUAUAUAUAAAUGAAACUUAUAUUAAUAUUUAUAUGUUUUUUCUUACUGUAAUAUGUAUAAUUUAAUGCUAUUGUUGAUUUUGUUCAAUUUAUUAUUUUUUGUUAGAUGCAGAAUAGUCUUAGUUGCACUGCCUAUUACUAGGCAAAAAUAUGUUUGUCGUCUGUUCGUAGUUGCAAUUUUUGAACAUUGUUUGGUUACUUUUCAUUUUUAUUAAGUCGUUUGUUCCAACCUGUGGAGUGUUUGAGCUCCGACCUUCAUUGGUCGUUGUAAUCCCCGAUGAUUUUUCAAUACACGUACUAUCUAUCUAUCACUCAUACUCGAUGGACAUAUAUAUCCACUGGUUCACUGUUACACUGAUUUUCACAGCUUUUUACUUAAUCAAUGUAUGAUAAUUAUGAUUUAUAUAUAGAUAUAUGUAUAUAUGACUUACACGUUCACCUUUUUGCCUUUCUUAAAGUUCUGCAAUCCGUUGUGCCUAUGUCAUUUUAUAUUCAAUGUUAUUUUUUGUCAAUUUACCUUUAGUUUAUAAGCAUGUCAGUUGUUUACACUUGGUAUCGUCUCUAGAAAAUUUAUUACAAUAUGAAAUAAAUUUUUAACAAAUUUUUAUGAAUUUGGAAUUAA